AUGGUCAGUAAUCAGAGGAGUCAUGCAUCUCCUAUAAAAGACACCACUGCACCACCUAAGGAGAAGGCAACUUCAGUGUCAUUCAAGCAGUUUAUGUCUAUGCAGCUGCCUAUUUUUACUGGAGAUGGCAGUCCAGACAAGGCAGAGGAGUGGAUUGAAGAGGUUGAACGUUAUGCCAAAAGAUGGUGGCAAUCGACCAAUGAGAUCCAGUUUACAGGCCAACAGUCGAUCUUAUGGAAGCAAUUUAGAGAUUCCUUCUUCAGCACUUACUUUCCAGUGUAUGCCAGAAACAUGAAGAUGCAAAAGUUUCUUGAAUUGCAGCAAAAUCAUUUGAGCUUGGAAAAAUAUGUUACUAAGUAUCGGCACCUGGAGGUAUAUUGCCCGUACCUCUACACCACAGAUGAGGCUAGAGCAGACAAGUUUGUACAUGGACUUCGUGAUGGACUACAAAGCAAAGUUAUGUCCAGCAGACCUUGUGAUUUGGAUGAGGCGGUCACCAUGGCUAGACACAUGAAAGAAGAUUGGGCUAGAACUCAGAAAGACCAUCACAAGAAGGCAGGCCAGCACUCACACUGUGGGCAAACGUAUGUCAAGCACCACCACUUUGCAGGUAGGGCAAAGCCUUAUGAGAGGCGUGAUGAUCAAACUUUCAGGCGGAACAUGCCAAACCACAAUGAUGCCACACAGGGUCAGUGA